AUGUCUGUGAAAAAGCCCCGCUUUGCUGUUUUAAUGGAUGACUGUGAAAAUGGUCAAAAAGGAAAUCUGUCGUUUGUGUCUUACUUUUUGAAAGAUGAAUACGACACAACACUCUCCGACUGGAACGGUACUUUUUUCUUUAAAAACGGAAACUCUCUUGGGAUCUCUGUCCACUGUCCCGAGAAAUACCCUGACGAAGUGCCAACAAUCGUCUUUUCGGCCUUCCCUCGUACUACAAAUAAAAUCCAAGUCAAUAACAAUGUCCUCCUCCCCACCUCAGAAGUGUGCCGCGAUUGGUUACAAAUCGAUCACAACAAAAGAAACUUAGACGCUCUCUUCCAGCUCAUUUACGCCAAUUUCAAGUGA